CUGAAGCGGAAGAGAAACAAACGUUUAGGAUGUUUUUCGACUGACGUUCUCACAAAAUGAAAUAUAAAUAACAAGUGACAGGAAAACGACGGGAGACAGUUUGUUUAAAUAGUUUUAUUUUGAGCUGCAGACUGAAGUUGGACCGACGUUGGACCGACGUUACCAGAGCUGAUGGCCGGAGGUAACUUACAGAAAGCGAUAGAUCUGGCCAACAAAGCUGCAGAGGAGGACAAAGCCAAGAACUACGAGGAGGCCCUCAGAUGUUAUCAGCAUGCAAUACAGUACUUCCUUCACGUUGUCAAGUAUGAGGCCCAGGGCGAGAGAGCGAAGCAGAGCAUCAGGGAUAAGUGCACCGACUACCUGGACAGAGCCGAGCAGCUGAAGGAAUACCUGAGGAAGAAGGAGAAGAGUCCUCCAGCCAAACCCGUCAAAGAGUCCCAGUCUGAGGACAAAGGGAGUGAAAGUGAUGAAGGCGAGGACAAAGAGAAGAAGAAGUUCCAAAACCAACUCUCAGGUGCCAUUGUCAUGGAAAAGCCAAACAUCAAGUGGGACGAUGUCGCUGGACUUGAAGGAGCCAAAGAGGCGUUAAAGGAAGCCGUCAUCCUGCCGAUCAAAUUCCCUCACCUGUUCACAGGAAAGCGGACUCCUUGGCGGGGGAUCCUUCUCUUCGGCCCCCCAGGAACAGGGAAGUCCUACCUGGCCAAGGCGGUGGCCACUGAAGCCAACAACUCCACCUUCUUCUCCAUCUCCUCCUCCGAUCUCGUGUCCAAGUGGUUGGGGGAGAGUGAAAAGUUGGUGAAGAACCUGUUCUGUCUGGCUCGAGAACACAAGCCAUCGAUCAUCUUCAUCGACGAGAUCGACUCCCUCUGCGGCUCCAGGAGCGAGAACGAGAGCGAGGCGGCGCGCAGGAUCAAGACGGAGUUCCUGGUUCAGAUGCAGGGUGUUGGAAAUGAUAAUGAGGGAAUCCUGGUGCUGGGAGCCACAAAUAUACCGUGGACAUUGGACUCCGCCAUCAGGAGGAGGUUUGAAAAGCGGAUCUACAUCCCUCUGCCUGAGGAGCACGCACGCUCCUUCAUGUUCAAGCUGCACCUGGGCUCCACCCCCAACGACCUGACGGAGGCAGACUUCACCACUCUGGGCAAGAAGACAGACGGUUACUCUGGGGCUGACAUCAGCAUCAUCGUCAGGGACGCCCUCAUGCAGCCGGUCAGGAGGGUUCAGUCAGCCACUCACUUCAAGAAGGUUCGGGGUUCAACUUGGAACAAUCCGGGCGUUGUGGUGGAAGACCUCCUGACUCCAUGCUCGCCUGGAGAUCCCAACGCCGUAGCGAUGACGUGGAUGGAGGUUCCCGGGGACAAACUUCUGGAGCCAGUCGUGUCCAUGGCUGACAUGCAGAGGUCGCUGACGAGCACCAAGCCCACGGUGAACGAGCAGGACCUGGACAAGCUGAAGAAGUUUACUGAAGAUUUUGGUCAAGAAGGCUAAAACUGUUCAUCCUCUACUCAUGAGUACGACUGCAAAUAACAAUCAUUUGCUCUGUCAGUUAUGCUUUUGAUUGAUCGAUUCAUCUUUUGGUCUGUAACAGGAGCCCAAAGUUUCUUAGUCCGGUCGUCAGAAAAGCCCAAAGAAGUCGUGACAGUAAGACGUGGAAAAAACAGAAAAAGCAAGUGGAUGUUAAACUGAAACGAUUAAUCACUGAUCAAAAUCUUAAUUGAUCACUUUUUUGUCAGUCUACUAAUCAAUUAAUCAACUGUUUCAGCUCUAUUUACGGCUUAUAUAUCAAUCCACUUAGGCUCGUGUUUACAUCCAAACAUUUGUAAGGUUUCAUAUUUCUUUUAUUUACUUGUUGAUUCUGUUUUAUCGAACCAAAGUUACGAUCUUUAUUUUUUUGAAGAAAAAUUUCUGUCUCUAAAUGUAGUUGAACAUGAAGUCAGUGGGUAAAUGCACCUUUCCAACACUACAUACCUCUUCUUAAAGUGAUAUGAGGGGGAAGAGUUUGUUUCAGGGUUUAGAUUUUAGCCAAUGGGAAGUCGUACUUUAACAUUUUGAAAGCCUGCUCUCUUUAAAACUUGUACGUAACAUUUUACUGGUUAUUUUUACCCUGAAAUUUUUUGGCAUAUUCAUAUUUAGGUGGGAGGUUUUUUAAAAAGCUGCAUCAAUGAACAAACUAUGUGCUGCACACAAAACUGUCAUUACCAGCGGUAAAGAGGGAUUUCUGGGUCUCCAUGGUUACUGAACUUUACAGGACACAUAACGUAGUAUUGUACAUUAUUGCUUCUAAAAGCAUUUCUAAAUUUUGAUCCAUGUGCCUGAACAUUGACCCACAGCGUCUCUGCACAUAUUUCCUAAACUUUCAGACGUCGUGUUCUGAAUUAUUUAUAGAUCCUAGAUUUAUAGAUCGAGCUCAAACUGCGUUGCCUUUAUUUAAGAGAAUAUUUGGGGUUUACUGGGGUUACAUGAAUAAAACUUAAGGUGGUCGUUUGCACUUUUGUUGUAUCCUACAUGACGUGUUCUGUGAACUCAAGUCUCAGGGUUAAAUAAAGGAAACAAGGAAACAGGAGUCAUCGUUACCUUUGUGAAUAUACAGUAUUUAAUAGUUAAAAUACAUCUCUUAGUUAAGUGUCAUACAUUUUUAUUUUAAAUGCAGGUAAAUCAUAAUUACCAGCCACAACAGCAGGAAUAUUGUUUUCACCGUGUGUGUGUGUGUGUGUGUGUGUGUGUGUGUGUUACUGUAACGACCCACUAAGGAGGCAGGUUUAGUCCUUUGGCAGGUGUUUAUGUCUGUGGACAGACCUUGUCGCCACGUCAGCAUCACAGCUGAGCUGGACAGAGGCAGAAAACUUUACAGGUGUGUAGUUGAGAUCGAGAUGAAAUGCCGAGUUUGAAGAUGUGUGUGGUCCGACCGUGAGUCUGACCAAUAAUGUAGUAAUGUGUCAGAACGUCAACAUGUUGCUGGGCGUCGCGGCUGGUUGAUCCCAUCACAUGAUGGUCUCUGGUUUAAUUAGUACAUUUGAUAAGAGAAAUUAAACAAGUUUCACAUCGAUUUACGACCUGUAGAAAAAUGACAUCAGAGCUAAGCUGCUUGCACAAGAUGAUCAUUUGCAAAACUGAAAUAAUUUUGAGUCUGAAGAGUCUCAGACUUCCCUUCAGUUAGCGUUGUCAACGAAGAUGUGCAGUAUCUUAAAACAGACCAACAUGUUUUCCAUUUAGCAGAAGUUGCUAUUUUAAAGUGAUUAAAUAAACUCAUGAUUAACGUGAGUCAUGGAGAUAGAAUAUCAAAUCAUUUGGAGUGAAAGUUCAGUCAUGGCCAAGUGAAAUGCAGCGAAAUCUCAGGAGGUCUGUGUGUCGUCGGAUAAUCCAUAAUUCAUUUGCAAUUUAAAAAGGAAAAAAACCUGUUGUUUUAAAACCAAAACAGAAAAAGGUUUGAGGCAAUUCCUUUUAUCAUUAUCAAAUGAAUUCGGUUUUAAACCAUUAAACCAUUCUCCUGAUUUUAUUUUUUAAUUCAAUUUCAUUUUUAAACAAAAAACAAAAUCACUUGGUCUAUUCGU